AGAUAUGAUUAGACUAUUUAAAGAAACCUUUUUAUUUUUAUAGAUGUUUAACAGGGUAACCCGAAGCAGUAUUACUAUAUUUAAGAAACAUACUAUUCGAACUUUUGCGUCAAGUUUGACAUGCUAUAAUUUAAACAACUCAAGAAGUUGCGACAUAGGAAGACAAGUUUAUCAUUCAUUUGCUGUAAAAAGUUUUGUUUACCAAUAUCCUGAAUGGUCUGCAAAUACAAUAAAUGAUGUAGUGCAAGGAUUAGUUGAUAAAUUUCAAGUCUCGAUAGGAAAAGAAAAUGUAUUUCAAUUAAUAGGUGAAGCAGCAAUAAAUGAAGAUCAAGUUGGAGUCGAAAAAAUUCUUAAUGAACUUGAAAAGAACUAUCAUAAACAGUUAUAUAGUAAAGAUAUACAUCUUUUGAGUCAUUUAGCUCAUCCAAAAGCUUUAUUAAAAAUGAUUGCAGAAAAAGAUAAUGGUAAGGUUUGUCUCAAUGUUAAACAGUUAACAAGCACAUAUGAAGCUUCUGUUUUAUAUAAUGAGAAUGAACUCAGCAAAGAGCAAAAUGAGUCUCAAUUGAUAGCAGAAAAAAUGGCGUGUGUAAAGGCACUCGAAGGCUAUUUUUAUGAAAAGUUAACAAAUAUAAAUGUUGAUCUUGCCUCUUUGCCUCUAGAGGAAGAUGUGAUUCUUGGUUCAGAUGAUCUAAAAAUAAGAACAUUACUUAUACAGAAGAAAGCUAAUGAACCAUAUGGAUUUACUGUUUGUGGAGGAGAACAGAAAGUUGUUCGUAACAAAGAUUAUAUUCAACAGUAUAUAAUAUCUCCCAUCUUUAUAACUGAUAUUGUUGAUGACUCUCCUGCUCAAAAAUGUGGUUUGCAUGUUGGAGAUAUCCUUAUAGCAGUGAAUGAUCACUCAUUAAAAAAUGUGCUUCAUAAACAAGCUGUGUUUAAUUUGAAAAAGUUUGUUGGUAGAACCGAUGUUCAAUUUACUGUUAUGUAUGAUAAAAGUGUGCUGUUAAAGCAUCAAAUUGAAAUGAAGCUAAGUAAUCGACAAAAAGAAAAUAUUAAAGAUGAAAUUGCCUCUGAACGUUUUGGGAAAUGGCAUCUUGCAAAAGCUAAAGAGAAUCCUGAAGAAUAUUUCACAGAAACAUUUGUACACAAAAAGAAACCAUUUUUUCCUAAAAGACAUCCUUCUUCAAAGAGACUUUGGGAUAAAUAUGUAACAUAGUACUUAUACACGUAUAACGUAACUUUAUGUUUAUA